UUAGAAAGCGUUAUGUCGUCACGUACGUUAAGAGAUCGUAAACUGUAAUUGAAAUCUUUGUCGCAAGGUGGAACAUCGAAGGCUUCGUCUUUAGAUGUUAGCUGAUGCACAUUGAUGCAUGUUAAGUGACGUAGUCCAAAAACAAACAAUGCUAAAACUUCGUUAGAAAAAGCAAUAUAAUUUACCUGCAAAUGAAUCAUAUCCGCAGACAAUUUAUUUUUACAAUAUAUCUUGAAUAAUCCGGUGAAAGUGGGGGUUUUGGUUAAGAAGACCAAAGCAAAACAGUGAAUAGAAGUGGGUGUGUCGAAUUAGUGCCAAUCAACUGAGUAACGUUGUGUUCAUUGAAAUUAAAACAUGGUUUUGUUAAAUUCCUGCUGGUCUCCAUGUAUUUGGACAGACAACCUUAAAUCUGGUAUAAAAGCCAUAAGUCUUUACACAGUGGCUGUAAGCAUUGUGUUGAUGACUUUCAUCAUAUUUGAUAUGACUGGUGGAGAUUCAACCCAGCUAUACAAUCCACUGUUUGAAGCUGAUGUCAGAUUCUCUAUGCAAGUGAUUGGGGGUCUGCUUCUGGUGUUUUUCAUUUUCCUCAUAGCAUCAGCAUGUCUGUUAGUUAUGGGUGUGAAAAUCAUGAAUCGUGGUUUGAUGAUCCCUUGGAUCACAGGUUUUGGGCUUCUUAUUGCAUUCCAGUUGAUAUUUGGAUUAUGGCUGCUUGGUGGCUAUUACAUAUAUCUUGAUAGUGUACUAUAUACACUGGUCAAUUGGACCUGGAUGGCAUAUAAUAUCUACUGCUGGCUUGUUGUUUAUUCUCAGUACAAAGUUGUAGCGCAACUCCAAGCACCAAAUAUUGAACUACUCUAUCCGUAGUGGCAAGCUUCUACUAAAUGCAUAUUAUGUUUGUAAAGUUUAUAAUGCUUUAUUAAUUCAAGUUAUGAUAAUUUUGAUUUAAGUUUAGUGCAGCUUCACUACAUAUGGAAAUGUGGUAUAUGUCUGAUAUUAUUUACAAUUAUCC